AUGUCGUACAACUACGGAUACACUGCUCCUCCUCCGCCUCCUCCUCCGCCACCGUAUCUGGUGCCGGCUCAUCCUGCGACAGCAUCCCCGACUCAUCAGCAACUGGUACAAGCUGCUAGAGAAUUCUCCCAGUGGCUCCAAUCCGUUGCGCCGGGGGCCACCGCAUUCAUCUGCGGCGGACUUGCACUGGCUAUGCACGGGAACGCCCGCUCGACGUCUGAUGCCGACUUGGCGAUAGAUCUUUCUCGAACUAGUAGGGGGCCGGGACCGAUCGGUCGACCAAUCGAUACCAACAGACUUAAAGACCUUGCGGCUCAAGACCCUCAUCACCGUUUUUCCGUAGGCCCGAAGAUUUAUUGGCUCCUGCGCACUAUGAACGGCCAAACGGUCCCCGUUCAGGUCGACUUCGUGGACGCCAACCUUUUUUGGGACCCCUUUGAGGCUCCAAAUAUGCUCUGCACGAUCCCCCACUAUCCAGCCGUUGUAGCCCUCAAUUUGCCGACGCUGCUGGUCAGCAAGAUGCGAAGCGCAACCGAGCGCAGCCAGCCCAAUCCUAAUGAGCGAAGGCAGAAACAAGUCAACGAUGUCAAGGACUUCGCGUUCGCGUUGGACAAAUGUCUUACAUUCCAGAUCCCCGUCGGUAUCGUCCAGUUGCAACAGCUCAAUCGCGAUAUCAACAUCGCUAAAGCAAUCACUCGUGACUUCUGGGUGCUGGCGACGGCCUUGGAAGUGCAAGGGGCCCCGCCUGCUAGCCCACUCAAGGAGGGUUGGCGUAGGCUGCUGCAGGCUAGCAGGGCUCCACAAGAGAUGUUGAACGAUGCUUGA